AUGGCCGACUCACACUACGUAGGAGAGCGCAUAUCCUACGACGAUGCUCUGUGCACUGUCCGCUACAUUGGCGAGGUCGCGGGCGCAAGUGGCUCGUGGCUAGGAGUCGAAUGGGACGACGGCACUCGUGGCAAACACGAUGGCAUAUCCGAGUCGCCGACGGCGGCCUCGUUUGUGCGGCCGGCUCGGCCCGCAGACACCCCUGUGAGCUUCGUCACCGCGCUCAAGACCAAGUAUGUGGAGAGAGAGUCAGAUAAUAGUGGCGUGCGGGACUCUCAAAUCAGGAUUUCGGGCAAGGUGGCCGAGGAGGUGGGCUUCGACAAGGUGCGCCGCCAGAUGGCGCGGCUGGACGAGCUCAAGAUGGCUAUCCUCGACGGCGUGCACAUGGCCUUUGCGCGUCAAGAAGAUGAGCCUGCGGUGGCACAGAUCAGCCCAAAGCUCUCGCACAUAGACAUCAGCAGGAAUCUGUUUGAGAACCUCGCCCCAGUCGUGGAUAUCUGCAAGGAUCUGCCGGCUCUCAAGAAACUGGCCAUCAAUGGCAAUCGAUUUCAAAACGUCCUAGAAGACGCUGCUCUCGAGAACGCCGCCACCGCAUUCUCGCAGAUCACUGAGCUGGGCAUCGGAGACAACAUGCUGAGCUGGGAGGAAAUCUGUCGCAUCGCAGUAACAUGUCCUUCUCUGGCUAACCUGGCUGCUGGCGCCAACCUUCUCUCAAGGCUACCCGCAGUAGAUUACAGUAGUCUAUCAAUGACUCUCACGACACUCAACCUAGAAUACAACAACUUCACUUCGAUUGCCGACCUCGCCAGCCUCACAUCUCUUACCUCUCUGCGCAACAUCUACCUCAAGGGCAACAACAUCCGCAGUCUUGCCUCGGACAAGGCGCCCUGUCCCAUAUUCCCAACUUCCCUGCAAUACAUUGACGUAUCGUACAAUCAGAUUGACGGGUGGGACUUUAUCGACAACCUGACAACGCACUUUCCCGGGCUGACGGCGCUGCGCAUCAGCCAUAACCCCGUCUACGACGUCGGCGCGUCGCCCGCCGCGCCGACGGCCACGGCGGACGAGGCGCACAUGUUUACUAUUGCGCGCAUCGGCCCGCUGCGGACUCUCAACUUUUCGCGCAUCACCACCAAUGAUCGCAGCAACGCGGAACUGUUUUACCUCUCGCGCAUCGCCAAGCAGCUGGCUGCGGUACCCGAGGCCACUGCGUCGACGGUUCUGGCAGCCCACCCGCGCUACGCCGCGCUGUGCGCCGUGUACGGGGCUCCCGACGUGGUGCGCACACAUAGGGUGAACCCGGCGUUUCUGGAGGCUCGCCUGGUGACGCUGGCGUUGCGGUGCGCGGGCCGCGCUGACAAGACGGCGCGUAUCCCGCAGGCGUUCGACAUGUACGCCGUCAAGGCCCGCGUGGCGAAACUCUACGGUGUCUCACCCCUCCGGCUCCGGCUCGUUUGGGAGACGGGUGAGUGGGAUCCCGUGGCGAAGAAGCACAGCGACGAGGGCGACACGUCGGACGAGGAUGACGAUGAUGACGAUGACGAGGCGGCGGUCCCGGUGGCGAGGGAUGCGACCAGGGAUACGUAUGACGAGAAGCUUGCGGACGGGCAGUCGGGUCGGUGGGUGAAGCGUGAGGUUGAGCUCCGCGACGGACCGCGGCAGCUGGGGUAUUGGGUAGAUGGAUUGGACGUCAAGGUGCGUGUAGAACCACUACAAUAA